AUGCUCGGGAAUUGCUGCUGUUGCUUCCUUGGCCGGAGCUCUGACGCAAUUGCAGACAGUGUCUCCGAUCGAGACCCGGUCCUUCUGGUUUCCGGCAUCGGUGGGUCCAUUCUUCAUUCAAAGAAAAAGAAGCUCGGGUUCGAGACCCGGGUCUGGGUCCGCAUUCUUCUUGCUGAUUUGGAGUUCAGGAAGAAGCUCUGGUCUCUCUAUAAUCCCAAGACAGGUUAUACAGAACAAUUGGAUGAUAGCAUCGAGAUCCUGGUUCCUGAGGAUGAUUAUGGGCUCUAUGCCAUUGAUAUUUUAGAUCCUUCAAUACUAAUGAGAUUACAAUUAUCUCAUGAUCAUAGUCCUUAUUUGUGCCUUAUUGUUGAUGAUUGGCUUGCAGUUUUGCAGAAAAUAAAGCGCCUCAUUCUGUCAGUCGUAGAGGUCUAUGCACACAACGUAGUGGAGGCGUCAUCAUAG